AUGAAGAGAGAGAACCACACAGUGGUGGAUGAGUUUGUCUUCCAGGGUUUCUCCAGCUUUCAUGAACACAAGCUGACACUCUUUGUGGUAUUUCUUACCUUGUACCUUUUAACCCUGGCUGGCAAUGUCAUCAUUGUGACAAUUAUCAGCAUUGAUCGUCACCUUCAUACUCCCAUGUACUUCUUUCUUAGGAUGCUUUCCACUUCAGAGAUCGUGUACACAUUGGUCAUUGUACCACGGAUGCUCUUCAGCCUUCUAGGUCCAAGCCAAUCGAUCUCCUUGGCUGGCUGUGCCACCCAGAUGUUUUUUUUUACCACUUUGGCCAUCAACAAUUGCUUUCUGCUCACAGCAAUGGGGUAUGACCGCUAUGUAGCUAUCUGCAACCCCUUGAGGUACACGGUCAUCAUGAACAACAGGGUAUGUACCCAGCUGGUAUGGGUGGCCUGCAGCAUUGGGCUGCUUGUGGCCAUAAUUCAGACUUCCUCUGUGUUCAGGCUGCCUUUUUGUGACAGAGAGGUGACUCAUUAUUUCUGUGACAUCCGCCCAGUUAUGAAACUCUCCUGUGCUGACACCACUCUCCAUGACAUUAUUAAUUUUAUCGUCAGCUCACUCGUUAUCAUGGUGCCCAUGAGUUUGAUCUUCAUCUCCUACAUCCUCAUCAUCUCCACCAUCCUCAAGAUCGCUUCUGCUGAGGGCCGGAAGAAGGCUUUUGCAACUUGUGCCUCCCACCUCACUGUGGUCAUUGUCCAUUAUGGCUGUGCCUCCAUUGCCUACCUCAAGCCUAAGUCGGAAAACAUGAGGGAUCAGGAUCAGCUGAUUUCAGUGACUUACACUGUUUUCACCCCUCUCCUUAAUCCCGUGGUGUACACUCUGAGGAACAAGGAGGUCAAGGAUGCCCUUCACCGUGCUAUUGGCAAAAAACCUCUUGCUUAG